CGGCAAGAAGGACACGGAAGAGUUGAGGAAAUAACGGAUGAGAAGCAAGUAAUUAGUAUCAGUACCUCCGAGAAACGAUGUGUUAUCCAUUUCUAUCACCGCGAUUUCAACCGAUGUGCAAUAAUGAACAAACAUUUGGAGAUCCUUGCCCCUAACUAUUUUGCAACCCGUUUUCUCAAGGUGUUCGUUGAGAAUGUACCAUGGCUGGUAGAAAGGUUGCAAAUCAAGGUUCUUCCUUGUGUGAUUUCUUUUAUCGACGGUGUAACUAAAGACCGUUUAAUUGGGUUUGAGGAAAUUGGAAACUCGGAUGGAUUCGAGACGGCCGCUCUGGAGUUGCGAUUGCAAACGUCGGGCGUCGUUGACAAGCCGAACCCAUCAUCAACGCCUCUAAGAUCGAUGUACAGUGCAUCGUCGAGUAGGAUACGAGGGCGGAGCGGGGAAGAGGAUUCGGAUUCAGACUGACCGAUCUCUCACGGACGACUGGUCGAUUGUUGGGAGACGAUCGACUCAGCGAUGACGUUGGAAUCGGACGGGCAGCCUUAUGUCACGGUUUGUAUGGAAAUCGAACCAAUUUGUCUUAUGCUUCCUCGACUCAGACCUGUAGUCCGCUGUUCUGCUCUACGUUCAUCUUAUCUCUCCUGUGUCCGCACAUCUUCUGCUCAAAUGUCAAAACGAGCCCAUUCCGAGGAUCGCGACGGAAUAGUGGACGGUCAUAGACUCGGAAAUUUGAAGAAAGCAAGAGUACAAGCAAGGCCUCUUUACAACAAGGUAGCCACCGCCGAGAAUGCUGCCGCGGUUGACGAGAACCCUCCCUUGCGGAUUCUGCUUGAUGCAAUGCAGAAUGGUCUUGAAAAUGUGAAGAAAGGUGAAUCAGUUGUUUACUGGUUGAGAAUGGAAGAUUUGCGAGUUGUCGACAACCGUGCUCUGAGUCUUGCGUCGGAACAAGCACAAAGUCAUAAUAUUCCUUUGCUCGUCCUUUUCGUCAUUAGUCCUCAGGACUAUGAAGCUCAUGAUCGGGGUCCAAGACGCAUCGACUUUAUGCUUCGAAAUGUUAAAGUCAUCCAGGACGACCUGGAUAAGUUGCAUAUUCCAUUGUACAUCGUUACUGUAGAGCCGCGCCACUCUAUUCCUUCAAGGGUUAUUUCUUUGCUAGAGGACUGGGGAGCGACACAACUUUUCGCAAAUAUAUCAUAUGAAGUCGAUGAGCUGAGACGAGAUAUUAAGAUCCAUGCAGCCGGCAAGAAAGCUAAUAUAAAAUGCGAUUUCAUACAAGAUAAAUUGGUUGUCAAUCCUGGAAUCCUGAAGACUAAGAAUGGAAGGGCAUAUACUGUAUACUCGCCGUGGCAGAGGAACUGGGUUACCACUCUCAAUGAAAGCUUGGAGUGGAUCGAAGAAGCUCCGAUGCCGAAAGCAAACGACAAAGCAAUUCGGUCGUCUGGACGUUUUUCGGGAUUGUUUGAAUCAAAGGUUCCUGAGUUCGUUGACCGCUUUGAAUGCGCAGACAAGGACAAGAUGGCUGAAUACUGGCCUGGUGGAACUAAGGUGGCACUUCAGAUGUUAGAUCGUUUCUUGCACACGAAAGCUCGCUCUAGUCAGAUAGGAGAAACAUCCCCUCUCUCGGACGGCGCGGAAGAAUCGAACAAAAGCAGCCGAAUACAAGAAUAUAGCACAGGAAGGAACCUUACCGACAUGGAUACUACAUCUCGUUUAAGUCCUUAUCUCGCUUCUGGCGUAAUUUCUGCUCGUGCUUGUAUUCGCGCGACGAUGAAAUUCUUGAAUUGCAAAAACAUUGAAGCUAAUAGAGGAAAUGGCGUAGGCAUGUGGGUACAAGAAAUAGCUUGGAGGGACUUUUACAAUCACGUCAUGGUCGCCUUUCCGAGAGUUUCGAUGGGGAGGUCUUAUCUUGAGAAAUAUGCAGACGUCAAAUGGGAGACCAACGAAGAACAUUUACAGGCAUGGAAAGAUGGGAAAACUGGUGUUCCGAUUGUCGAUGCAGGCAUGAGGCAAUUGAACGAGUUUGGAUGGAUGCAUAAUCGGUGUCGCAUGAUUGUCGCAAUGUACCUGACGAAGGACCUUAUGCUAGACUGGAGACUGGGAGAAAAGUAUUUCAUGGAGAAUCUCAUUGACGGAGACUUGGCAUCCAAUAACGGUGGUUGGCAGUGGAGUGCAAGUACUGGCACGGACCCUCAACCGUACUUCCGUAUCUUCAAUCCAGUGUCACAAAGCGAAAAAGCGGACCCAUCAGGAAAUUACAUACGACAUUACGUGCCAGAACUCCGCAAGCUCACAGGAAAAGUGACUAUGCUCAGACAAUCUCGUUGGGCUCCGUCCCAAGGAACAAAGAGCAUUCAUGCUUCAGGGAAGAUCGAUGUACCUGAUGAUGCGUUGCGCGAGCCAUCAUCCUCAAAAACAGUGUUGCCUCAGCCACAGAACUUCUCAGGAUGGUCUGAUCCUGCUCUGCGGCUGAUCGAUGAGGAAGUGAAUAGAAUGGAUAUUGACAGCGAGGCUUCAAGUGGCGUUAAGGACUCUGUGUCUUUAGGUCAAAUAGACCUUGUCGUAGAUACAAAUGUUCUGCUUCGGUACCUUGAUGUGCUUCAGCAAUUCGCCGGUGACGUAGAUCGAGUGCAUUUUCCCAUAUCUAUUAUCAUUCCGGGCAUCGUAGUUGAGGAACUGGACUAUCAGAAGAACGACAAGAGCCGGCAGCUAUGCUGGACGGCGCGGAUGGCUUCAACGUGGAUUCUUUCGAAGCUAAAAGAGCGUCGGAGUGUCAAAGGCCAGGCAUAUAAGCAAACAAUGCAGAAGUCUGGUUCUUGGAAGAGAAGAGAUCCUGGCACUUGUAACGAUGAUCUAAUAGUUGACUGUUGCUUAUUUCUUCGGGAGAAGCAACACCACAAUGUACUUGCGAUUAGCCAGGAUAACAACUUGUGCACUAAUGCAGAGUCCCAAGGCAUUUUGACUCUGAACCCAAAGACUCUCACUCGUUGGUCCAGUAGAUCCCUGGCCCGAUACCUCUUCGGAAAUGACUAUCCAUUCUUAAAUGAAUUCUCCGAUUACAAGGAAACGUUUCGUCCUAGACGUGUACGCGAGGCUCUCGAUGAUGAAUUAGGAGUGCCAGAGGUGACGAAAACCAUCACACACGAAGAUGACGGCAUGGAGGUUGACGACGACGACUUCAUUCUGAAGGAUCCUCCACCACAGCACCUUCUGGACGAUCUUCACGACCAAGUGAUAGGACAUUUUGGGAUUCUUCUUUCUGAGCUGCUGCAGCGUGUUGCACCUGCGAGUUUAUUCACACAAGCACCCUCGAAGUCUGGGGCAGCAUCUUCGAUUUAUGCAUCAUCUAGUUCAUGUAAACCUGCGAAGGAUUGGAAGGCGAACGAGAUUCUUGAAUACUUAUGCAAUGCGCGGCGUGUACCCCGAACUGCCUCGGCUGCGGAUGUCAAGGAGCUGACGAGCGAUUACUCGCGCAUGAUAAAUUUCUUCACUCACAAGUACGAUCCGAGGGGCCGCAGCGGACAGCAUUGGUCUCGUGCAGAUUGGGUUUCGUGCCUGGAAAAGCUGGGAGUGUUGGGACGGGCGUACAUGGACGACGCGAUUCUGAAUUCACUGGCGCAGCUGAUGCCUCAGUUGGCACUUGUAUUCGAGACGCCCAUGCGGCCCACUGGAACCGGUGGAUUCUAGCAGUAUUUAUUGUAUCUAUUAGAGCGGAUAUGUAUAUACAGUAAUUGUAAUUAUAGCUGUGGC